AUGACCCUGGUUGUAGAAGUUCCGCCGCCGACAAACGUGAAGCUGAGCUGCCUGAAUCUCGACGUCGUGGUCACAUGGGAGUACAGCGAACAGGGACCACAAACCAGAUUCCUAGUACACAUCGAAGGGUCUGAAGGGGAACCCUAUCAGAACGAAACCACAGACCAUCGGUACGACCUGAGCGACUACAUCUGGGCGUCUGAAGAGCGCUACAUGGACAAUUAUUGCGUCACCGUGACAGCCGUAGAGGGGGGCAACCGAUCCAAACCGGUAUCAUCCGAAACAUUCUCCUUUAAUCGUUUAAAGAUGGUCAAAAUAGAAUGUGAGUUGGACUUCCUCCCGUGGAUGUGGAUGAGAAGGAUUCAGGCGCCACAGUGA